UUUUCAUCUGGUUACUGUGGGCUUUCUCACAGCAUCGUCUUGGGGUAGUUGAACUUCGUACGUGGUGGUGGAUUCCAGAGGUGGUGACUGGAUUCUGGAGGUGCCAACAGCGGAAGCCACUGGGACAUCUUAAGACUUAUGCCUGGAACUGGCAUAAUGUCAUCUUCACCAGAUUCUUUAGGCCUAAAGCAAGUCACAGGCCUGUCCAGAUUCAAGCAGAGGGGACUGUACAAGGUGUGGACACUGGCCAGAGUGGUUUAUUGGGACCGCCAAGGAACUUCCCACCACAUGAACCAAGUAUUUUUCUGAAGGGGAAAAAGUGUUAUAGUUUUGCUGCUGGACUCUUCCCUCCCUUCCCCCACCCCAUCAGGAUGAUAUGAGACUUGAAAGAAGACGAUGCAUACAGGAGGAGAGACUUCAGCAUGCAAACCUUCAUCUGUUCGGCUUGCACCGUCAUUUUCAUUCCAUGCUGCUGGCCUUCAGAUGGCUGGACAGAUGCCCCAUUCACAUCAGUACAGUGACCGUCGCCAGCCAAACAUAAGUGACCAACAGGUUUCUGCCUUAUCUUAUUCUGACCAGAUUCAGCAGCCUCUAACUAACCAGGUGAUGCCUGAUAUUGUCAUGUUACAGAGGCGGAUGCCCCAAACCUUCCGUGAUCCAGCUACUGCUCCCCUGAGAAAACUUUCUGUUGACUUGAUCAAAACAUAUAAGCAUAUUAAUGAGGUUUACUAUGCAAAAAAGAAGCGAAGACACCAGCAGGGCCAGGGAGACGAUUCUAGUCAUAAGAAGGAGCGGAAGGUUUACAAUGAUGGUUAUGAUGAUGAUAACUAUGAUUAUAUUGUAAAAAACGGAGAAAAGUGGAUGGAUCGUUACGAAAUUGACUCCUUGAUAGGCAAAGGUUCCUUUGGACAGGUUGUAAAGGCAUAUGAUCGUGUGGAGCAAGAAUGGGUCGCCAUUAAAAUAAUAAAGAACAAGAAGGCUUUUCUGAAUCAAGCCCAGAUAGAAGUGCGACUUCUUGAGCUCAUGAACAAACAUGACACUGAAAUGAAAUACUACAUAGUGCAUUUAAAACGCCACUUUAUGUUUCGAAACCACCUCUGUUUAGUUUUUGAAAUGCUGUCCUACAACCUCUAUGACUUGUUGAGGAACACCAAUUUUCGAGGUGUCUCUUUGAACCUAACACGAAAGUUUGCACAGCAAAUGUGCACUGCACUGCUUUUCCUUGCGACUCCAGAACUUAGUAUCAUUCACUGUGACCUAAAACCUGAGAAUAUCCUUCUUUGUAACCCCAAACGCAGUGCAAUCAAGAUUGUUGACUUUGGCAGUUCUUGUCAGUUGGGGCAGAGGAUAUACCAAUAUAUUCAGAGUCGCUUUUAUCGGUCUCCAGAGGUGCUACUGGGAAUGCCUUAUGACCUUGCUAUCGACAUGUGGUCCCUUGGGUGUAUUUUGGUUGAAAUGCACACUGGAGAACCUCUGUUCAGUGGAGCCAAUGAGGUAGAUCAGAUGAAUAAAAUAGUGGAAGUUCUGGGUAUUCCACCUGCUCAUAUUCUUGACCAAGCACCAAAAGCAAGAAAGUUCUUUGAGAAGUUGCCAGAUGGCACUUGGAACUUAAAGAAGACCAAAGAUGGAAAACGGGAGUAUAAACCACCAGGAACCCGCAAACUUCAUAAUAUUCUCGGAGUAGAAACAGGAGGACCUGGUGGGCGUCGUGCUGGGGAAUCGGGUCAUACAGUAGCUGACUACUUGAAGUUCAAAGACCUCAUUUUAAGGAUGCUUGAUUAUGACCCCAAAACUCGAAUUCAACCUUACUAUGCCCUGCAGCACAGUUUUUUCAAGAAAACAGCUGAUGAAGGUACAAAUACAAGUAAUAGUGUAUCCACGAGUCCUGCCAUGGAGCAGUCACAGUCUUCGGGCACCACCUCCAGUACAUCUUCAAGCUCAGGUGGAUCAUCGGGGACGAGCAACAGUGGGAGAGCCAGGUCGGACCCAACGCACCAGCAUCGGCACAGCGGCGGGCACUUCACGGCUGCUGUCCAGGCCAUGGACUGUGAGACACAUAGUCCCCAGGUGCGUCAGCAAUUUCCUGCUCCCAUUGGUUGGUCAGGCACUGAAGCUCCUACACAAGUCACUGUUGAAACUCAUCCUGUUCAAGAAACAACCUUUCAUGUAGCCCCUCAACAGAAUGCAUUGCAUCAUCACCAUGGAAACAGUUCCCAUCACCAUCACCACCACCACCAUCACCACCACCACCAUGGACAACAAGCCUUGGGUAACCGGACCAGGCCAAGGGUCUACAAUUCUCCAACAAAUAGCUCCUCUACCCAGGAUUCUAUGGAGGUUGGCCAUAGUCACCACUCCAUGACAUCCCUGUCUUCCUCAACUACUUCUUCCUCCACAUCUUCCUCCUCUACUGGUAAUCAAGGCAAUCAAGCCUACCAGAAUCGCCCAGUGGCUGCUAAUACCUUGGACUUUGGACAGAAUGGAGCUAUGGACGUUAAUUUAACCGUCUACUCCAAUCCCCGCCAAGAGACUGGCAUAGCUGGACAUCCAACAUACCAAUUUUCUGCUAAUACAGGUCCUGCACAUUACAUGACUGAAGGACAUCUGACAAUGAGGCAAGGGGCUGAUAGAGAAGAGUCCCCCAUGACAGGAGUUUGUGUGCAACAGAGUCCUGUAGCUAGCUCGUGACUAAAUUGAAACUUGAGUUUGUUUCUUGUGUGUUUUUAUAGAAGUGGUGUUUUUUUCCAAAAAACAAAGUGCAAAGCUGCUUGAAUCAGAAGGAGAUUAACACACUGAACCGCUACAAGAGGGCAAAGCUGACUUUUUUUUUUUUUUUAACUUGAAAAGAUUGCAAAGGGACAAUGAAGUUUUUAAAAGAGCCAUGUCCAAACCCAUCUUCACGGAUAGCUCAGAGGUGUCCUCUUUUUGCCUCCCCCAUUUUAACUCGCCACAUCCCAGUCAUAGUGGGGUUUUUGUCUUUCUCUUCCACAGAAGUUGUUGUUCAGAUGUUGGUCUUAAUCAUUUGCCAACUAAUUUUAAAAUAAAAGGCACUGCACAUAAUUUGCAUAAAGGGCCCCAUGACGGUGUUUUUCCUUCCAUUUUUGUUUUUCCUUUUUUCCUUCCCGUUUUUGUUUUGUUUUCAUUUUGUUUAGGGU